AAAGCAUCAGUUUGGUAAAGCAUCAUAAUGAUUCACAAGUUCUUAGCGAGCACCGCGUUGACAACAGCUCCAUCAACGGACAAAGUCAAAUCAACGUAACUGUGAUGGGGGUUCAGAAUUCCGAUUUCGGACGAUAUGAGUUGAGAUUGUGGUUUGAUGAAGACUUUGACUGGAAUGUUACGUUUUAUUUACUAGAAGAGACAGGUAAUACUUUCUAAUGCUAUUUUAAGUAGUUAGAUCAGCUUCUAUGUUAAACAUGUCGUACUGCGGUAUUUAAACGCUUUCAAGUAUGUGUACUUGUCUAUUUUUUUAUGUUAAGCUUUUAAAUUAAAUUAUGUGAUUCGAGUUAAGCACAAAUCUUGAUGUUAUUCUAAACAUAUAUUUUAAUUUUAAUCGAAUUCAAAUUAACUUAUUUUAGUUUUACAUACAAUUUUUUUCUGUGAUAUAUAACAUUUUUUUUUAAAGUAAUAAAAAGCAUCGUAUGAUUUAGAGAAUACUUGAAAAUUUUAUUAUAUUUAAAUAUUUCCUUUUGUUUUCUUUUACGCAUUUACUUUUGUUUUUUUUUAAUGAUAAAUUACCCGCAACGUCAGAUAUAUAUUUCCAUCCGUACCAAUUAAUACCACACAUUAUCAACCAUAAAAAAGUACAUCUAUUUAAAUUAAGCAUGAUUUAUGUUUUGCUAUUUCCUUAGACCUCCCUAGCGAGUUUUGCCAGCACGGUACCACAGCAGCGACUACAAUCUCUGACCUAAACAGUACGACGUCAUUCUGUGUUCAAGAUUACGGUGUCGUCUUCGAGAACGAUUCCGUUGAUAUCAACGGUGCCGAGCAUGUCGUAAAAUACGGUCAGAUGAACAUUAGCUCGAAGUUGAGUGUGAGCGGUCUCUGGAACAGAACAAUUCAAGUGAGCUACCUUCAAAUUCACAUCCGUCAACUCCAAAUUGAUGAUGUCAAGAAGCCGUACAAAGUUACCAUUCCGCAUUUGGAUAAAGUCUUCACAUUUGAGAUAAAACUAAGAGGUAUUUUGCUGGUUUAGGUUGUAUUUCGUAAAAAAACAUGUUGUUUGUGACACAUUUGCAUAAAUAUUAGAAUGUGGUUUGUGCAAUUAAAAAAAAAACACCGUCGAAAUAAUGCAUGAUAGCAUGAACGUAUAACUAAACCAUAACAUAUAACCAAGUCAAAAAUGGUGAUUUUUUUUAUUUUAGCCACAUCAUUUUGAAUCAACAAGGAAUUGCCAAAUAUUCGUGUUCUGAUUCUGAUAGGAUACGUUGCUGCAUUCAUGUACUGGCAUAUGUACUAUGUUUAUUGAUGUUAUUAAUAUAAGAUUGCAUUUUCCUGCAGUUACAGAAAAUAUGCUAAAGUAACGAACAUGCGUUUUAUCAUUGACUAAACAAACUUAUUUCUUAAGAGAACUUUGAAAAUGAAUUAGUGCUUUACAUUUCUGUUAUAUAUACAUAUAUAUAUAUAUAUAUUUAUUUAUUUAUUUAUAUAUAUAUAUAUAUAUAUAACAUCUAUGCAAUUCGACAACUUCUGUUGAAGCUAUAUUUUCGUAGGGUGAUAUAUUUUGCCCUACACUAGUUUUGAGGCUUCUGUGGAUUCCUUCUCCUCUCGGCUGUCCAAAUUUCUGCUGACGUAGUAAUUACGCUUAGUAGCGUUGAAAUAAUCAGUCGGGGCAAGGGGACUCCUUCUAGUGACGUACGUGUGUGGUUUACUAAACCUUUUUUUGUUUUCUUGUUUUUGUUUAAAAUAUUACAGUUGGUCUAUGCAAGAAUCAAAACAACCAACUUAAUAUCACUACCAUUCUUGGAAGAGAUGAAAAUAUUACCGUGUGCCUGAAGGGUCUUGUACAAGAGAAUCUGAACAGUAUACAUGAAAGUAUCGAGAUCCAACGGAAUGCAAAAAGCAAGAUAAGCUACUCCUUUGGGGAUUUAUCUACGGUCACAUUGGAAAGAAACCUUACCAUUACCAUUAGUAACGUAACAAACGAAGACGCGGGAUCUUUGAAUUUUCAUCUUAAAGAUGUACAGGAAACAGUUGAGAUUUCAGUUCUUGUAACACCAACGGCGACUGGUGAGAUGCCUCUUUGUAUGUUGCAACAAAGUAGUAGUUAGUCUCUGAAACUAUAUAUUUAUAUACCACGGAUUUAAUUGGUAUUAUAUUUUAAGACGACUAUGUGUAUGAUAUAAUGAAGUUGCUUAAAAAAGUUAUACUAAUUUUUAAAAAAAGAUAUAUAUAUAUAUAAUAUAUUUAUAAAAUGGUAUCAUAAUAUGCAAAAACUUAAGAGAAGUUAAAGUUACGUUAAAAAUGAAUUAAUAAAAAAGCAAAAAUGAAAAUUACAUUUUUUAUAAAAAUAAUUAUUAAAUUAAAUAAAUAAGUUGACUGCAAGUUCUUUUUUUUUUUAUGAUUAUUAUUACAACACGUGUGUGUUGAAAUACAUUCUUAAAUAAGACAUUAUUUUAAACUUUAUAAUUCAAUAUAUCAAAUAUAUACGAAAAAUUGUAUAUAUAAAUAUUAUAAGUUUGGAAAUUUAUAACAUGAAGUUUGGUCCUAGACUGUGCCUACAUUCUUAAUCUUACAAAUAAUGUCUCAUCGUACCGCCGAAAAAGCUUGAUUUCUCUGAGUGAUAGGAAAAAAAUAUUUAACAAGUAUAAAUGAUCGGAAAAUGAGUCUACUCAAACAUAAACACAAGUUUAACUACUUAAUCUUGAAAUGUAUAAAAACUGUAACAUUUUUUUAUUACACCAGACAAUUAAUAAGUCAUAAGUUUCAUGACACAUUUUUUUGUUAUACUGAUAUAACGAGUUUUAACUUUAUUUUUUUAAUUACGUUAUGGUUGAGUUCGUAAAUAAACACAACUUUAAUUUGAAUGUCAGUUGCAACUGUGGAAAUGGAGCAGUCGUCUAGUGGAACUAGUCAAGCGACCUCAUUUGGUGAGCGUCUUCAUAAUGUAUUUCUCUUUGUAUAGUUAAUUGUGAUACUGAAUCAGUUAAAAUUUUGGUUUCCUAAAUAAAAUAAAUAAUAAACUUUACAGUUAAGUAUCUUUCCAUAUCCAACAUGUUUUAUAAACAAUGAGAUAUUGCACGAUGUUAAAUAGGUUCGCACGAAUGCAUAUUGCGUUCCUACAUGUAGAAAUCAUAUGUGAUAUAAUUUAAUAUCCAUCAAAGAUUAGAUGGUUUCCUAUACUUGGUCGAUAACUCCUCAAAGGGUUUGCAUUCCAUGGGGUUCGUGGAAAAGACAUUAUAAAUGUUGCUGUUCAUUGUCAUGACCGUUUUAAAAUGCAAUAUUUCUUCCUGUUAGUGGUUACUGAAUUUUUUCAACAAUUUAUUGAUGUGCUAUUUAAAGACACAUCUAUUUCGCAAACACCUUCUGCGAUGAUUGUCUACCUUAUUUUCCAUUUAAUGCAUAAUGGCUGUGUUGCUUAUGGUUGAAAUGGCUAGACUUGUAAUUAGUUUUUGUAGUGUUGCGUUUAUUUUAAAUGUGGUAAAUUAUAGAUAUGUUUUUUGUUGACUUUGUACCACGCUUCGAGCCUUUGGGGAUGAAGCGUGUUUUGAAAUGAACUUUAUUAUUAUUAUGUAACAAAUAUCGUGAAAACCGUCUGUGGCAUGACAUAAUUUCAUUUAUUAAAUAUUUUUUUUUUUUUUUUAAAUGUUAGUGAUGUUAGACAAAAAAGAUUUGUUUGGUGUCAUCGCUGCCUUAUGCGGUGCAGGAUGUUUUAUCAUCAUCACGAUCAUCACAGGUGGUGUUGCUCUCCGCAGGAGAAAACGUAAGGACACUUAAGAUUGGGAUUAAGAAACGUGUUGUUGUUUUUUUCUUUCGUUUAAUGAAUGUAGCCAAGUCCAUUUUGAUAAAUAGUAGUUUUUAGACUGGAUGUAACCGAGAUGUAGGGAAGUGAAAGAACAAAUGAUCAAGACUUAGAGGGCUUGAUAGAGGGACUUACUUAAGCAAGGGGUCCGCUCAUGAAGACGGGAAGCAAUGGAUCGAUCUGAAUAGAACGAUGUGUUGGAGCAGGCAAGGGACCUACAUGGGGACGUAGUGCACCUAAUGGUGAUGAGACGUGAUUAACACUAAAUCAUGAGCCUCAUAAUUAUUAUAAGUGCCGCGCUACCACUCGAUAAGAAAAACACGCAUAAUCUCAAACACCAUUCCAAAGUACUGAUGUAAAAUAUGUUCCUUCGUAGUUAAUUAAUUCAGUAAUUAACUAGCUGGAAAAAAAACAGGAAAAAAAAACUUAAAGAGAUAUUACGCAAACAACAUUCAGCACACAAACAUCUUCAGCUGCUAAUUGAAAUAUCACUCAACCUGAUUUACUGGGUGUUCCCAUACCCCUCCACACUGACCCGUACCCCACGCAUGCUUAGGGUCAACUGGCAACGCAAGUUAACUCCUCUCUUAAAUUGACAUACUAUGUAAACGCUGCAUUUGUCCAUUCCAUUUAUAUGACGGUAUUUUAUCAUUCUAGGCACCAAGGAUCCACCACCCAGUCCGUAUCCGGACAGCACUCAAACCUACACGAGCAGCGAGAGGAGCUCUGACACGCCCUCGUCAUCGCGUCACGUCUACGAACGAAUCAGUGACAUUAUCUCCAGCAUACUGCGCAGCAGCUCCAGCGGAAGUUCCAGGUCGUGGAGCAGCGUCGUGACGGACUACAGGAGGAAGGUGGUGCUGAGCGAGGUGGUGUACGCCGAAUACAGUUUACCAGACGGCAGCAGCUGGGAUUCGUUCAGUCAACGCGUCGAGUCUGACGGUUCAGAUGGUACGCUUAAGGAUUGUUGGCACAGAGAUGGUACGCUUAAGGAUUGUUCGCAUAGAGAUGGUACGCUUACUGAUGGUACGCUUAGAAAUGUUGCGCUAAAUGAUGGUACGCUUAAAGAUGGUAGGCUUAGUGAUCGUACGCUUAGAGAUGGUACGCUUAGGGAUUGUACGCUUAUGAAUUACUCGACGUAAAGUGACCAAACAGAUUUUAGAUUUAGCUUGUUGCCUAAGGGGUUUGUACAUUGACAUUUGAUCAAGCCGUUCGGUCAGAUUGGCUAAUGGGUUUGUUUUGUUUUCAUUUGGAAGAUCACAAAUGUGAUCUUGGGUUAGUUUGUUGUCUUAGGGUUUGGAGCAGUGAAAACAGACCGAACAUGAUCUUGGGUGAGUUUGUUGUCUUAGUGUUUUGAUCAGUUAAAGCACACCGAACAUGAUCUUGCGUUUAUUUGUGGUCUGAGGAAGUUUCACUAUUAGAAGUUAACGAAAAAUUGUUUCAAAAAAAAAAAAAUAUAUAUAUAAUCCGAUAAGGUCUAAACUGAUAUAAAAACAUGUCAUCCUCGUAUUCAUGAAAAUUAACUAUUUUAAGGCAAUAUGCUGCCAUCUCCCUGAUAGGGCGUAAUGUGGCAAUUUGCAUCUUGUCUGUUUCUGACACCGACAGUGUCCUCAAUGUAAUACAAAUAUAGUAGGUCCCAACAGAUAAAGGUCAUUGUUGAUGCAUGUAAAAGGUUAAGAAAGUAGGUCAAAUGCAUAAUAACUAGAAACAACCCACCUUGAAAUGACAUUAGAAUUGCGUAAACUUCCUUUCUUUAUAAGUCACUUGACAAAUAUUA